GCAUCGCAGCGCACCUCCAUCACGCGCAAUUGCAUCGCGUGCUCAGGUCCAGCAUGCCCCCCCGCUGUCUCGCCUUAUCGGGCACCCUCGCGAAACCGCCGACUCUCGCUCGGAGCCCCCAGUCGUUGGCGCGCACCUUCACCAGCACCGCGUCGGUCCUCGCCGCGAACCCACUCAAGCGGAGAAAGGGCGGCGACCUCGGCUCGCAUCUUCCCAAAUAUGUCAUCCCGCAGAACAUCGCCAUACCCGAAUACCCCUACGGCCCCGCGCGGCUGUUCAAGCAGCAGGACAAGGGGCUGUACGGCGGCAAGUCGAUCCACUUCGGCAACAACGUCUCCAAGAAGACGGAGACGACGACGCGGCGGUACUGGAAGCCCAAUGUGCUUGACAAGGCGCUGUACUCUGUGGGUCUGAAGAAGAAGAUCAAGCUGCGGGUCACGUCGAGUGUGAUCAAGACGAUCGACCGCGAGGGCGGGCUGGACGAGUACCUGCUCAAGCAGAGCGACAGCCGCGUCAAGGAGCUCGGCCCCCUCGGCUGGGCGCUGCGAUGGACGCUCCUCCAGCGGCCCUCCAUCAUACGGCGCAUGCGCGCCGAGGCCGCCGCGCUCGGCGUGCCGCAGGACGAGAUCGACGCGCAGUGGCCCGAGCCUGCCUCCGAGCACAUGACGCCCGAAGAAUUCGAAGCCUUCGACGAAGCCGCGCUCGAUGCGCUCGAGUACUUGGAGGAAGGGCCCACGGCGAGGGAUGAACUGAAAGCCGUGGAGAGUCUCAACAGAACGAAGAUCUCCCUUGCGACCGGGGCCAGCCGUUUCUACAAGAAGACGAUCAAUGCGGCGAAGAGAUACGUUGCGAACGAGGAGGUGGAAAACACUGAGCAAGGCAUCAAGCUCGCCCUGCUCAGGGAACAUCAACGUGCCGAGAGGGCAAAGCGCAACUUCGAGCAAUUCAAGGCCCGGCUUGAAGAGAAGUACGAGACGACUUUCGAGAACAACACAGACUUGGAGAAGGCCAUACGGAAAUACCGCAAGCACGUGCAGAGGGAGGUUGCGGACAACUACGCUGGCGACAGCAAUGCGUACCGGAAGAAAAUGAACCCUGACGGCGCAGCCAAGUUCGAGGAAGCCGUCGCAGAAGCAGGGAGUGAGGCACUCUUGAAGGCCAAGCGAAAAGCUGGCGUCUUGAAGGAGAUGAACGAAGCCGAGCGCGCACUUGAGUCCGAGGAUACGUCCGCAGACGAGCGUUUGCGCAUCGCAUCAGCCCUUGAGAGGGCGCAGCAGAUCAUCGACGCCGAGAACAAGGCAAACUACAUCGAACAGUCUCUGGCCAAGUGGGAGCAGCAGAACCAGGGAAACUGGCCAUUGAACAGCGUGCCUGCGGAUGACGUCUUGGGAGAGGUCCAUGAAAACGUUGCACAGGUUGGCGACGCACAAGGGUGGGAUGCCUUGGCGCAGAAGGAGUCGACGGGUGAACAACCACGCGUCUAGCCAUGGACAUCAAAAUUCUGUAAACUAUUGUGUGCAUUUCGUGUAAGAAUAGCGAUUCACGAAACAUGGGUGCGGCUUGUGAAUAGAUAUCUUGUAUGGACUCUCAAGAUCGAUCUUUUGCUGUAUGGCCUACACGCGACGACGAGAUCUGCGCGCGUGUGCAUUCUGAAGUCAACAACCCACCCCCACAGACAUGGCGAAAUUCCGCACACUAACUGGGUCCUCCCAUUGGACGCAUUAGCCUUAUUUCUCUGCAAGCUGCCCCCUCGUCUCUUUCAGC